AUGUCUCCUUUGAAGGAGGUUAUUGACAGCAUUCAUGCUCAAGUUGCAAAGAUUGAGGAUGAUCUCAAGGGUACUCGUGACUUUGCAAAAGAACAAAUGACAAUAAGAAAGAAAGCAUUUUCGAUAAUAGAAGAUGUUUUUAAGAGGCAUGAUGCCACAGCCCUGGAUACUCCAGUUUUUGAAUUAAGAGACACUCUCAUGGGCAAAUAUGGGGAAGACUCGAAAUUGAUUUAUGAUCUUGCUUACCAGGUACCAGAUUUCAAGGCUGUCUAUGUGCUAACAAAACUUCUUGAUGACCUAAAUAUUGGAGACUAUGAGGUUAAGUUAAAUCAUCGAAAGUUGUUGGAUGGAAUGUUGGAAAUAUGUGGAGUGCCGCCUGAAAAAUUCAGAACUAUUUAUUCUAGUAUCAACAAGUUAGACAAGCAGUUUUUCGAGUAA